AUGGGCCUGCGGGCCGUCGCUUCCUGCGACUUGGUGACCGAUUUGAUACGACGACUACUGGAUGCCGGCACAGAAACCAACAUUAUCGUGUGUGGCACCAAAUCUGAAUUUCUCGUGCAAUUAUCAGCGGCCAUUCGUUUGCAACGGUCUGAACCAGAUGUUCACCCGCGCCUGGAUUUGCUCACCAAGAGCAUCGGCCUUCUUGCCCACUCAAGCAGGAUCCGACUUACAUUCUGCCCAUCUCUGGAGAGUCUAAGAGCGUAUCUCGCCGUAAUGGAUCAAAUUAAUGGUGGCACUACAGAAACAGAGAAGGGUACAGGUCCACGGCCAUUACUUGCAAUCCUGGAUCUUGUAGCUUUACAUGCUACAACAAUGGAGUUUGCGGCUCAAGGGCUGUCGAGGAGUUUUGCCGCCGCUGUCGAAGCAGCCUCCCGAGCAGAGAUGGAUUUGCUUCUCUGUGAAUGCGUCAAUGCCGUAAAUCCCUCCAGCGCUGACUGGGGAGGACGGUUGUGGGAUACCCAAAUUCCCUUGUUGAACGGUUCGGUGCGAAUCCGUGACGAAGGCAACUGGGGUGGACAUGGUGUGUCCAUUAAACAAGUUGCCCAACGAUGGUUCAGCUUUGAUGAAGAAAGUGGGAUCUGA